GGGAAACUGCUCUUUGGUGGAGGAUUCUGUCCGCCCCUUGGUGACAUGGGGAAUCACCAUGAACACCUAGACACAGCAGUGAUUGUACCAGUGUGUCAAACGGCGCCAAGAGCAAGACAAGACCAGACUGGGGGCCAUCGACCAGCACCUCCGAUUCCCCAGGAGCAAACACCCCAGCAAGAGCUGCCAUGUUCACCGUGAACAUUGCAUCAGCCACGCCACACCUGCAGAACCCGGCAGAACACCCCGGAAAGAAGCAACUCCCUGUCCCAGAACAAGGCCCCAGGGAGGCACGGAAGGUGGUGCUGCACAAAGGCUCCACGGGGUUGGGCUUCAACAUCGUGGGCGGCGAGGAUGGCGAGGGCAUCUUUGUGUCUUUCAUCCUGGCGGGUGGGCCAGCCGACCUGAGCGGAGAGCUGAGGAGGGGUGAUCGCAUCCUCUCGGUGAACGGCGUGAAUCUCCGCAAAGCCACCCAUGAGCAGGCGGCGGCGGCGCUGAAGAGGGCGGGACAGACGGUCACCAUCAUCGCCCAGUUCAGGCCAGAAGAAUACAGCCGCUUUGAGUCCAAGAUCCAGGACCUACGGGAGCAGAUGAUGAACAGCAGCAUGAGCUCAGGGUCAGGCUCCCUGCGGACCAGCGAGAAGCGCUCCCUCUACGUCAGGGCCCUGUUCGACUAUGACCGCACCCGUGACAGCUGCCUGCCCAGCCAGGGCCUGAGCUUCUGCUACGGGGACAUCUUGCACGUGGUCAAUGCCUCCGACGACGAGUGGUGGCAGGCGAGGCUGAUCACGCCCCACGGGGAGAGCGAGCAGAUCGGGGUCAUCCCCAGCAAGAAGAGGGUGGAGAAGAAGGAGCGUGCACGGUUAAAAACUGUCAAGUUCCACGCUAGGACGGGUAUGAUCGAGUGUGGCAGGUCAGUCAAACUAAAGCGUAAAAAGACAUUCAUCCUCUCGCACAAGUUCCCGUUUUACAAGAGCAAGGAGAACAUUUUGGAGGAGUAUGUGCAGCCUGACCAAUGUUUGACAUCUAACACGAGUGACAGCGAAAGCAGCUCAAAGGGCCAGGAAGACACCAUUUUGUCCUAUGAACUAGUGAUCCGACAGGAGAUUCAUUACACAAGGCCUGUCAUCAUCUUGGGGCCGAUGAAGGACAGGCUGAAUGAUGACCUCAUCUCAGAGUUCCCUCACAAGUUUGCCUCUUGUGUCCCACACACCACACGGCCCAGGCGGGAGACCGAGAUGGACGGUCAGGACUACCACUUUGUGGCAUCACGGGAGCAAAUGGAGAGGGACAUCCAGGACAACAAGUUCAUUGAAGCUGGCCAGUUCAAUGAGAACCUGUAUGGCACCAGCGUGAUGUCUGUGCGAGCAGUAGCACAACAGGGUCAACAUUGCAUCCUCGACGUGUCUGGGAAUGCCAUAAAGCGGCUGCAGCAAGCUCAACUCUACCCAAUAGCCGUCUUCAUCAAGCCAAAGUCUGUUGAGGCCCUCAUGUGAGUCUCGCAUGCUGUGCUAAGC